CGUAUUAGUUUUAUUACAAUUUUCGAUAUAUAGUCUGUAUGCUGCGUCCGAAACAAUCUUUAUUUCCCUGAAGUAAAAGGCAAUCAGGACGGUCUUCAAUUACAUUACACUUUCUGAUAGCUUAUUAUCUUUUUCACACACUACAUCCUUAGAGCAUAGGCUACUCUCUUAUAAAAGCCGAUUCAACCCUCGAAGAUGCAUCAGUCGAGUACUGUCUCUUGGAUACACCGCCCCGUUCAUUCAGACGAAAAUAGAUCAACGCGCCGACAUGGUUUCCAUUCGUCUUAUUCUGGCUCUCGCUGGUAUCAUGGUAGCCUUUGUCAUCAGCACAAAUGCUGCCUACAAACCAAUCAAACCACCCUUUAACGGUAGCAUAUUUGGCAAACGAUCUAACACUGUGACUGAUGAAGUUGCCAAUCGUGCUCUGUCAGCCAUUUGCGAGGCCGCCAGCGAAACCUGCUCCGCUUGGCUGUCUCACCAAGAAUCCAACUGAAGAUGAAAAACCGACCGAGAUAAUCCACGAUUCUCGCCGACUGAUCAACUCACGAAACAAUGUAACUAACCGAACUUGUAAAACACCCGCAAUCAUGCACUUGAAAGUUCGCCACAUUGUCUUCUAUCAAUAAUCGUUACAUUAUGCAAAAAUUACCACGUCAUAUCUAAUCGUACCUUUAUAUCUAAACAAUAUUAUAAUUACAGAUGGUUUAAGCUUCCAUCUAGCUUUGGUUAUCAGAAGCAUCCCGAAUAAAGUAUUAUGAUUUCAAGAGCUGA